UCCUCCGCCCCCCUCCCCCCCCCCAAAACGCCAAAACCCAAACCCCACCCGGCGAGGAAUCGGCGCAAUGCUGGAGGCGGCGAUCCCCGCGCUGUGGAGCACCGUCCACGGCUGGUUCACCCCGUGGGUGCUCUUCCUCGUGCUCAACAUCGUCAUCGGCACCAUCGCCGUCACCUCCAAGGCCUCGCCCCCGGCGGGGGGCGGGGAAGGCGCCGCGGCCGCGGCCGGCGGCGAGAGGAGGAGCCUGUCCCGCGUGCCGUCAAUGGCGCUCGACCGGCUCCGCUCGUUCAACAUGUCCCGCUUCACCGCCCCCGCCCCGGAGGCCCCGGUGAGCGGGGUGCUGGAUCUGGGGUCUGACGAGCAGCUGCCGCCGCUCGAGAUGGAGCCGGAGGCUCAGGGCGAGCUGGAGCACGAGCACGUGCACAUGGAAAGGAGCAUGUCCGAGGCGGCGGCCGAGGCCGAGCUCCCGCGGCUGCCGGCGCGGCUCCGCAAGUCGGCAAGCGACAGUCGGCGUUCGCACACUUCGUGGCCGAGGAGGACACCGAGGUGGUGGAGGCGCGCAGGCCGGCGACGACGAGGGACGGGGAGCGCCGCCGCCGCCCCCUGGCGGCGGAGCCGGAGGAGCCGGUGUCGGAGGAGGAGAUCGAGGAGGCCGGCGGCGAGGUGGACGCGCGCGCGGACGACUUCAUCAACAAGUUCCGCCACCAGCUGAAGCUGCAGCGCAUCGACUCCUUCAUGCGCUACCGGGAUACGCUCCGCCGCAGCCAGCCGACGACGGCCGCGGCGGGCGCCGAGCAGUAGAGCGAGUCCGGAGAGACCAGACCCAGGGGGCUAGAUGCAAGAAUGAGAAGAGAUUCGGGGAGGA